AUUGGCUAGGUGAACCGGAAGAGCAUUUUGGGUUCUAAACUCAAAACCGUUUUGUGGGAAGAACUCGUGGAACUUGCGUGGACAAAGGGACGUGUUCAUCACCUGCUCAAAAUCAAGAAAGUUGUUCAGCAAAGAAUAUCAGAGCCACAGCCAUGAGCGGAGGAAGUAGCAUGUCGAUUGUGGCAGCCUUCGACGAGAUUUGCCACUACCAGUCAGUGUUGAGCAAAGGAUGCGAACCAGAGUUCCUCAAAUUUGCCAAGAACCAGGAUUCUUGUCGACGCCAGUGGCUUUCUGCAUCACAGGAGAAGCUUCGGAUGCAGGAGUUCAUCACCAAGAUCACCGCCGAGAAAGACGGACUGGACGUCAAGCUCAAACAUGCCAGAAAUCAAGUUGAUGUGGAAAUGAAGAGAAGAACGAGGGCGGAGGCUAGAUCUGACGAACUGGACCAACAGAUCAUGCUGAUCCGGGAGCUGCUGGCCGACAACAAGAUGAACCAGCUGUCAGAGAAGGACCGGGAGAGCCUGGCCUUCCUGCGCAGCGAGCAGCAGAACGGCGGCGGCACGCCCACCGCCACCAAUCGCCUCUCUGCCAUCCACGAGCACUCGGCCGACCUCCUGUCCCCAUCGGAUGUCAGCUACGAUCACACAGAGGAGGACCUGGAUGUGUCCUACUUGAGGGGCGGGAAGACGUGGAAGCGAGGCGGUGGGCGGUCAGCUUCAAAGAAGAGGCCAAGUGCACCCCCACUCGAGGAAGACACUCCCCCAAAGAAAGUGAAGACGCAGUACAUCACAUAUAGUCCCAGCAAUGAUAAGGAAACAUCUAUUGUCAAAACGACCGUCACUGUGCCAGCCGACGGGCCAAUCACAGCAGCCAUGAACAUAGAGACGGUACCGCGAUUGGACAAGAGCUUCUCCCGGCCGCCGGGGCCCAAGAACAGGAAGAGGCCCUCGCGGGAACUGUUGAAAAGUGGAGAGCAUAAUGUCCCGGAUGACUCUUUCUGGAGCCUUCCGGAGAACCAGCACCUCAAGGCCGCCCUGAACAGUGCCAACGUGGUCCAGCACAGGGAGGAACCGAUCAAAACCAGCAAGGCAGCCCGGCAACACUCCUUCUGCACCAAGACGGUUCUCAAGCCGGAAUCGUGCAAACCAUGUGGGAAGAGAAUCAAGUUUGGAAAGUAUGCCCUGAAAUGCAAAGACUGUCGCAUGGUGUGUCACCCCGACUGUCAGGACGAAGCACCGCUCCCCUGUCAGCCCGUGGUGCUGACGCCCACCAAGAGCAGACCCUACGGCCCUAACACGCAGCUCUCGGAUGUGGCGCCAUCAACCUCCCCCAUGGUACCCCCACUGGUGGUCCAAUGCGUCGCUGAGGUGGAAAGGCGAGGUAUGAGUGAGGAGGGGCUGUACCGCCUGUCAGGAUCGGAGCGAGCCAUCAAGGAGCUGAAAGAGAGAGCGAUGUUGGGCAAAGACCUUCACCUGGACCGCACCCCGGACAUCAACAACGUGACAGGCCUCCUCAAGGACUUCCUGCGCAACCUGUCGGAGCCCCUGGUCACCUACAAGCUGCACCCGACCUUCAUGAGGGCGGCCGCCCUGCCCGACCCGGACGACUGCGCCACCUUCACCUACCAGGCCAUCAGCGAGCUGCCCUUGCCCAACCGGGACACCCUGGCCUACAUCAUUCUCCACCUGCAGAGGGUGGCCGAGAGUCCAGCGUGCAAGAUGGGCGUGGUCAACCUGUCCCGCGUCUUUGGGCCGACUAUCGUAGGUCACGCCGUGCCGGAUCCCGAGCCCUUGCAGAUGCUGAACGACACCAAGCAGCAACCCGCGGUCGUUGAUCGGCUGCUCUCGCUACCCACCGAUUUCUGGAAGGCAUUUGUCAACGUGGACGCGGAGAAUGCUGUGACCGGCGACAUGAACGUUAUCACCAACCGUCACUUUGGCACACCCGAGGCUCAUCCAACAGUCGGGCACAUUGGCAUGCCGGGCUCACUGCGGACGCCCGCCAGCAUGAACAAGAAAGAUUCCUUCAAGAAAAAAGGUGGUGGCAGUAAUCGUUUCGGCCCGGUCAACACCCCGCAGACCCAGGGCAAGAUGGGCAAGAAGACCCCCUCCAGCUCCUCCAUCAGCAAGGCGCGGUCCAUCUUCACCAAGACGCCCCUCACCCCCAGAUUUGGCAGCAAGUCAGAGAACACCGUCAAGAAGUCAACCCAUUUCUUUGCCUCACCGACACUGAGAUAAAUGCACGGGUGAAAGAUGAACCUACUAUCAUUCUUAGCAUACAGAUUUAAGACACAGUUGCGAUACUGCCUGCGAUUUAAGGCAAAGCCCCAUGCCAGCAACUUCCGGCUUUGAUGGCCUGAUCUUUGCACCAUUCAUCGCCAUUCAGAACGAAGAGGUAUUAGCCUAAGAAGUAGUAACACACUGGCUCACACAUGCGAGCCAGUGUCCAACAUCAAGGGCUGUGGCUACCGGUAGCACGAACGUCUAUGGUACGUGGCAGCAGCCGCUAACCAGCGUCUUCCAGAGGUACAUGCGCUAUUGCCGACAGCCAGAACUUCCAACAGUGUCUUUUGUCUGGAGAUUUUUAAGUUCAAGAAUGAGUAAUCUUUGAAUGAGCCGGCGUGCAGAACUCCAUUCUCAAAUAGCUUACUGUAACAUACGUGUACAAGUAUGUAGAUUUGUAAAUAACGUUUUUACGGCCAAAGGUAGUAAUUCCGAGCCCCGUUCUAAUUUUAACAUUUAGGAUAACGAGAAAUACCUAGGAGGGCUGCGGAAGGGGAUACAGAUGACGCUUGGCAAGAACAUUAAAAACAGAACUAAAUCUCACUUUCAAAAUACAAGAUCUUUGCCUUGAAGAUUGUAAAUACAAGAAGCCUACCAAUCCUAAUGCUAGUUUAUGGGUGUAAAUAGAACGUAGUUUAUAUUUGUCGGUUUCUGAAUGUGCACGUGACAGUUCUCUGUGAUUUAGUUAAUUUUUUACAGGUAAAAUGUGACUUUCGUCCACAUGGAAGUUUGAAUCGGCAUUAGAGUUUCUUGCGCAUCAAAUGUCAGAUUUUGGAAUGAGAUUCAGGGACUACAGAUAAAACGGUGUAUAAAGUAUCACUUGUAGGUUUAGGAGUUUCUGAGCAAUGGAAACGUGAAUACAUGUACAUGCUAAAUCAGAAAAAGCAAUGACACAAGGCUUCACGGUGAUUUUUUUUUUCCUUUUUAAAAAUGAUAUUUCUUUUGCAUGAAUAAAUGUUGUGAGAGUAUGAAUACGA